AUGAAAAUGAUGAAACGAAUAUUAAAUCAAAUUUAUCCAACAAAUUAUAUUCGCAUUGGCAAUAUUAUUGAAGAUAGUUUUGAAUGUUUAAAAUUUUAUGUAUAUCGUUUAGAAUAUUCAUUUGAAGAUUAUGAACAACGAAAAAUUCAAUGGUCAUAUCAAACAUUUCGUACAACAAUAUGGUUAACAUUAAAUUCAUGGAUCAACAUAUUUUAUAUUGUUCAUUUAGCAUUUUUUCCAAAUUAUUUUCUAUGGAAAUCAUUAAAAUCAUUUGAACGUGCAUUUCAAUUUGAACGUGUUGAUUUUCUUUUACAAUAUCAAAUAACCAUGUUUAUUAUAGUUGAAUGUUUAUGGUUUAAGUUUUUAAAAAAUAUUCUUUCCUAUAAUUAUCCAUUCAAUAAUUUAAUGCAAAGAUAUGCUUAUUAUUUUGAUGAUAAUAAAUUAAAAUCUGAAUAUCGUCAAUAUUUAACACGUUUUAUUCAUACAGGAAAUUUUAUAUCAAAAACAUUAAAUAUGAUGAUGACAAUCCUUAUAAUCAUAUUCGUAAUACGUUCAAUUUAUUUAAUUGGCCAAUUAUUUGAUCAAUGA